UGUAUUUACAUUUAUAUUUACAUGAUUUUCUUCUCUUGCAACGUGUUAUCUCAAUUAAUUAACUUUAGAGGGAAAUUCGCGCGUGUGGGAGCGAGACGCGCGGCGAGGGCAUGCGGUGGGGGAAAGAAGGAAAGAGCGGAAACACGCGCGGGAGAAAGACGCGACGAGGGGCCGUAGUAUGACGAACGCGAGGCAACCGGCGACGAUGGUGCGGGCAGUCUGCGCACGGACAUCGAUCGAGGUUCACGUUCCAUCCACUCCCCGAAAUUCUCGAUUGUUUCCCGAGUCGCGAUUACCGAUACGUCACGCACAGGGACAAGGAGAAAGAUAAAAAGAGAAAAAAACGAACCAGAGAAAGAGAGAGAGAAGGAAAGAGAGAGAGAGAGAGAGAGAGAGAGAGAGAGAGAUAUACCGCAGUAUCCUAUGCGGCAAUCGUGAAUUGCGUGCGUCGUGACAGUGCGAUGACACCUGUGCCUUUCCGAGAGGAACGAACCGUCAGUAUUGCAGCUGUGGGGGUGUUUUUCCGCGCUGCAUCAUAAGAAUUUCGUAAAGCGACCGGAAGACGUCGGUUCAUCAGUGUCUUCUUCGCGUCCGGUAGAGAGCUAGACGAUGUUUAAACGCCUGUCGAAGUCGAGGCGCCACAGCGCCGAUGAUGUCGCCCUUUCUUUAUCGAACGCGACGGUUCCGCUGGACGAGCUGUCGGCGACUUCAAUGCCGCGGACGGACAGCCAGAAUCUGGAAACCACCGCCCUGUUGAAGAUCUCCAGAACCAAGUAUACCCGGAGAAGCUGCGACGACACGCCCGCGGCGAGGCGGCUGCGGCAGACGUUGCUCGAAAUGGAGCAGGACAACGAGCAGGACAACGAGCAGGACAAUGAGCAGGAUGUCAUCGAGGCUGACUAUCAAACGGUUACUGCCGUGCCGGCCUUCAUCGUCGAGCACGAUCCGAGUAAGCAACGAGCGUCGUUGCGUCCGGGGGAAUCUAGGAUUUGGGGUCUCAGGAUCCCAAAUUUGUUCGAUUCGUUUCGGGGAACUAGACGUGAGAGUCUCUGCUCCACGGAAAGGUCCAACGCUGUCGAACACAACGGCAUCAAUAAUAACAAUAGCCUCAACAAUAACGACACUAGUACUAGCAACAAUAACAUUGACCAUCAAUUAAGCAAAGUACACUUGGACGAGAGAACAAACAGAAAGUUACCAGCGGCUUGUCACCGAUCCCCGUCUCCGUUCAAAUCCUUCUUCAUCCGGAUGGGUUCCACCGGCAUGCUCAAUUCGACCAGUAGAAGCAACAGAAGAUCUCAAAAUAUGGAGGAGAGAAUGCCGGACAAGGAGAGCCUGUUCAGGAGCUGCAGUACCAGCCAAUUGAACAGCAGUCCGACCUACGUGAAGGGCGACGACCCCUCGGAAGGUAUAGACCUGCAAAUAGCCGCGCGAAAGGACAAGACGGUGUCCUGCGACGACCUGGCGGGUCACCGGGGUAACGAUCAGAGGAUCUUCAAGCCUCGCGCGCACAGUGAUCCUUGCGCCUCCGUGUAUUCCCUCGGUAGCCCCUCGGUGAGCUUCAGCACCUGUGACCUCGAGAAAACGAAAAACGAGCCGUUUAUGAGGAAGAGCAGCAGCUGCGAUCUGAAAGAGACGAAAAAGUCCAACUUCCCGUACGCGUUCUUGCGAUCGAAGCUGUCGGUAUUGCCGGAAGAGCGUCACGGAUCGUUGGUCUCCAAGGACGAGAGGCUCUUCAAGACCGUGUCGGAGGAGCAUUUUCCGACUCUGCAGAUCGACGACUCGUACAUCAACACCACGACCCUCGGGCGAAAGAGAUCGGGAUCGAGGAUCGGGAGGAACGGCCACGGCCUCGAUGCGCGGAAUCAGGAGAAUGCCUCGCGACUGGGUCGGACUUCUUACCCGGAAUUCCAGAGGCACUCCAGCAGCAGAUUCGAAGCCGACAGGUACAGCCUGAAUGCCAGCCGCCUCGAAGGAAUCGAAGCCGGACUUCAUCGGGAGGGUAUCGCUGGCUGCUACAGCCUGUUCGAUGGAAGUCUGCUGUCCCUUCGGGAGAAUAACGACUUUCGACACACCGAGGAUACCGCGCGCGAUAAGACGGACUUUGCUGCCGGCAGACUCGAGUCCGGGAUAACGGAGAAUUGUGGCGUCGAUCUCAACGCCAUGAUGAUGACCGCUCUCAGAGGCAGCAACCGACGGAACUCGAUAUCGAGCUGCGAGCAGAGGCUGUCGUCUCACUACGUCAGCUCGAACGAGUCGGGCUACGACAGCGACGGGCCGCGGGGUGAAUUUGGGGUGGCAACUCUGGAGAACGAGGGACUGAAGUGUAGUUCGGACACCAGCAGCGUUGUCGAUUCGGAGGCGGACAAACCCAUAAGAUGCUCCACCCCGAGCGAGUACCAGGAUCAGGAAAACACCCAUACCGCUGACAGACUCAGGCAGAAUUCCGACGUGGAUGAGAACAGACCGGACGCGAUUUCUCGGAUGAAUCUCGAAGGAAUCGACGGUCUCAAGUGGCAUCGUAGCGGCUCCGGGCGGAUGCUGCCCAUCAUUCACGGAACGUCCUUCGAGGAGGAGGCCGUGUCACGGCUGGAAGAUACUCCACUUCCAAACUACGAGGACAGAUUGAAUCUUCUGUCGGAUACGACCAAGAUGCUGGAUGUCUCGCCUCAUCGUAUGAGAUUGCAACAAGACAAAACGAGGUUCUUGAGCGAUAUUAUUCAACCGUUAACGAGGGUACGACGAUGUUGCUUGAUAGAGUUGCAUAAAAGAGAUCCCAAGGAUAGUUUGGGGAUCCGACUGGCGCAACAGAGACUAGGAUAUCUGCGAUACAUCGUUGUGCAACUAGAAAGCGAUGGCAUCGCUCAUAGGGAUGGCAGAUUGAGAUUGGGCGACGAGAUUGUCGAAGUCGAAGGUAAAGAACUUAAAACGCUGGAAAGCCUCGAGGAGGUUCAAGAGUUUUUGAGGUCCUUUACCGGUAAUACGGUACGACUGACAACGGCGUAUGAGGAGACGGUGCCGCAAGUAUACGAGAAUCCGCCAUCGACUGUACCUGGCGAAUACGAGUACCUGGAAAACGCGAAAAAUCUGUCCAGCAUGUCGUUGAUCGACAGCGAAACGAAUCACGCUUCCGCAUCGGUCGAGAAGAAGAAGAAGAAGAAAAUAAUCGGCGACGGCGACAUGGAGCCUCUUCAGCCACGGAAGAGGCCUGACUUCCUGCCGCUCUCGUGUUUAUCCGAAAAUCAAAAGAAUAUCCGCAGCAACGUGGAAUCCGCCACGGAAUCGCAGCACUACCUGACGAGACACGUGGCCAGAUUCGAGAAGGGCUACGGCAAGCCCAGUUUAGGCUUCAGCGUUGUAGGUGGCAAGGACAGCCCCCGAGGUGACAUGGGGAUCUUCGUGAGGAGAGUCUUUCCCGGCGGGCAGGCUGACAUUUCCAGAUCGUUGCUUCAAGGUGACGAAAUUUUAAGUUUAAAUGGACAAAUUUUGAAAGGCCGCACGCAUCAGGAAGUCAUCGAGUUGUUUAAAACGGUGAGAGAGGGUACAGUCGAAUUAGAGAUUACAAGAAGACACAGAUAUUCCAAAAGUACGUUGAAAAGUGCGCCAUAUUAAUUAUACAAUAGGACGGAGAAGAAACUGCCCACCGGAAGUGCUCCUUAGAUUUAGGCAUAAUCUAUUAUCGUUCACAUGGAGAAAACGGCGUUUUAGAAUUCUAGUCUAUCAAAAGAAAUCUAUCUUUCGACGUUUUUCUCUUACAUAAUUUAUUUCGCGCGACAUAUCUCGAAACUGCCUGAUCUUAUUAUAAUUAGAUUAAUCGUUUUUAUUAUUAUUAGGAUACUCGCGUUGAUUAUGAUAAUAUUAUAAUUAUUGUAUUACCACGUCUUUAACAUAAGAUUUUAUACGAGUAACAUUAUGACAAUGUAGAAUACAUUAUAAACAUUUUUUAAUCAUAGAGGACAAUAAAGAGGAUGUUCUUUAGAGAUA